CCGUGUCUCACCUUGCACAUCAACCUACACGGACCGGACUAGUCACGUCUUUUUCAUUCUGUUGCUGCCUCAUUUCUUCCCGGUUUCUAUGGUGCCUGGUUUCUGAUUCACUUUCGUGUCGGAUGCAAAUGCUUCGACUGAACUCUGGGCUGUGAAUGAAGGUUAGAUAGUCCUCGUGGGUGCGGGAUGACAUGGCUCAACCUCUAGAAGACCACCAACAGGGCACCGAUACGCAAGGCACGCUUCGCAGUAUAUCGAUACAACGCCCAUCACUCAAGAGCGCGGAUCUUAUUGACGUUUGCAAAGUCUGCAGAUGUUUUGCGCAAGAUUCAGGCUGGGCGCUUAGCAGAUCGGAAUUUCAACGCAGUGCAGAGUCUGGUUGCCCAACUUGUAACCUUGUUCUUCGAAUCUGCACAACUUUCGCUUUAUAUGAAGAUGGCACGACGAGUUCAGCCUGUACGCCCGAGACUCUUACCUCUCCAUCGAGCGAAGUGCAGCCACACCUACCCGUAAGCAAUUCGAAUAUCAAGCUUUCGCUGGACGCCGGGCACCUAACCAUAUCAUGUGAUCGUUUAACCAAUGCACUGCACGUAUCUAUGCAACCAGGUAGCCUAUGUCCAUGGCCUUACAUAACCGUGAGCCCCUGGCGAGAUAUUGCUCCCGACAGAGGAUACUGUUUGGACUUCAUCAAAUCGAGAGUCAAGGCAUGUUCCAAUCAUCCCAGGUGUAAUUACACAUCAAGAACAUCGCACAAACCGGGCAGACUACUGUACAUCGGAGAUUCCGACCCGCAAAUGAAGAUUCACUUAGUGAAAGGUCUUGAUAUAUUUGGCUCGUGUGAUUACAUUGCCCUCUCGCAUUGUUGGGGUGGGUACCAACCUCUCAGAACCGUCAAAGCCAAUGUCGAAUCGUAUUCUCAAGUUAUUGCUUGGGAGUUACUUCCCAAAACGUUCAGAGACGCGAUCACUAUAGCAAGGGGUCUCGCCAUCAACUAUCUGUGGAUCGACAGUCUUUGUAUCAUCCAAGACGACGAGCGAGACUGGGUCCCCACUGGGGCUAGAGAUUGUCGGGAUGGCUUGUUUCAUCCUCGCGAACAGCCAGUGUCAUUUGACUUUGAAAUCGACCACUUCGGUUGCCAAGUGCAUGUUAGACAUCUUCCAAACCACAGCGGUUUCGAGCCUUUCGAUGUCCGCCCAGACACUGCCAAUCAGGUUCCCUUGAAUAAGCGCGCUUGGGCGUACCAGGAAAGAAUUCUGUCACGCAGAAUUAUUCACUUCACGACCGCAGAGCUCGUUUGGGAGUGCUGCACGUCUCUCUAUUGUGAGUGUAGCGGAGUAGAGCAAGCCACGAAAAGCACCCCUCCCAAGGAUGGAAUAUCCGAAAUUACAUUAGUAGGGCCCAAAGGAUAUCCUUCGCGGGAUACGCUUUCCAACUUAUGGCAACGCAUCGUUCUUAGCUACUCUAAGAGACAGUUGACAUUCGGGAGCGAUAAGCUACCUGCAUUGUCCGGUGUUGCAAGCGUUUUUGACACGGCUUUACAGAAUAUAAAAAUCCAAAACAGUCAAUACGUAGCGGGACUUUGGAGUCACGAAUUACCACGAGCACUGCUCUGGCACCAAGCAUAUUCUGCGAGACCAGACUUACAUAUGAGAGCUCCAUUACAAAGCACUGGGGAUCCUUCAUUCUCGUGGAUCACUGUGCUAGGCAACACGAAAGAAGUAGAGUUUCGCUGGGACAACUGGGCACGAGAUCUCGCCAACGUCCUAGAAAUACACUGUAUCCCCGAAACAAGCGACAAAUUCGGCCGCGUAGCACCCGGGGCAUACAUGAAAUUAUGCGGGUAUCUGCUAGAAGCAAGUGCCAGUUCGAACAGUCUCCAGAAUCACCUUCACAGAUAUCUCCAAUUCACCCGCCCCGACCUCAACUCGAAUCUGCCAUACGCCCGUACUGCCACACUCGACUUCGAAAUUGACCAAAACAUGGCAGACAACCUAUGCCUUACAUACUUCCCGAUCCAAUCUUCGGUCGCCCAUGCCGAAAACGCAUCCGACAAUAAUCUUGCUCGCUUCACCUCAGGUCUCGUGCUACGGGAAAUGUCACCGGACAUUGCUGACGAUGUGUCUUCCGUCACUGCAUCUGGUCUAUCUUUUCCGAUCAAAUGUUAUAGGAGAAUUGGGACGGCUUCUGUCAGGUUUGAGUAUCCACAGCAAUUUGGAGUUCGGGGGUAUGAUUCUGUACCAUGGGAAGAAUUCUAUCUGUUCUGA